UAGAAACUAAGAAAGAAGUCCCAUUCUUUGAGUAAUUGAAGUUUUCACACAAAGAAAAGUGAUGGACAGGCAUGGUUUUGCGUUUAAUGGCUACUCCACCAACAAUGGAGUUGCACCGCGUGCUGAUGAAUGGAGGAAACCAAGCUAUGCCUCCGAUGAAGGUUACGGGCCUGAUAUCACUGAUGUUGUGGGAAGGAAGGCGCCAAGCAUUCUGCGCACUCCCAGCCACAACGCACAGAGCUUUUACAGAUACAGUUCUCCACCAAAGGCUGAGCCAGAGAAAGACUAUGAUUAUGGGCUUAACUUCCCCCUAAAAGCCAAGCCAAUGAAAGAUGAUAGAUACAAAAAUAGCUCCCCACCAAAGGUUCAGCUUGUGAAAGACUAUGGAUCAAGAAAUAGUUCCCCACCAAAGGUUGAGCUAGGAAAAGAUUAUGGAUCGAAAUAUAGCUCCCCACCUAAGGUCAUGCCUGUGAUAGAUAGUGGAUACCAUAGCUUUCCUCUAAAUGCCAAAUUAGUGAAAGAAUAUGGAUCUAGAAAUAGCUCUCCACCAAAGUUUGGACCAGUGAAUGACAACGGAUCUAGACGUAGCUCCCCACCAAAGGUUGAGAUUAUGAAAGACAAUGGAUCCAGAAAUAGCUUCCCACCAAAAGCCAAGCUAGGGAAAGACUAUGGAUCCAGAAAUAGCUCCCCACCAAAGGUCGGGCUUAUGAAUGAGAAUGGAUUCAGACAUAGCUCCCCAACAAGGGCUGAUCCCGUGAAUGACAAUUGGUUCAAAAAUAGUUCCCCACCAAAGGCAUGGCCUAUUAAUGGGUUCAGACAUAGCUCUCCAUCAACGGCAUGGCCUAUUAACGACAAUGGCCUAAGACGUAGCUCUCCACCAAAGCCCAAGUUAGUGAAAGACUAUGGAUUCAGAAAUAACUCCCCACCAAAGGUCGAGCCUGUGUAUCUCAAUGGAUCCAAACAUAGCUCUCCACCAAUGGGCUGGCCUAGGAAUGACAAUCGAUCCAAAUUUAGUUCCCCACCAAAGGUCGGGCCUAUAAAUGACAACCAAUCCAGAUUUAGCUCCCUACCACAAGCUCCCCACUAUGGAUCCAGAAAUAGUUUGUCCCUACCAAAGGUGGGACCUGUGCUUGACAAUGGAUCCAAAUAUUGCUCUCCACCAAAGGCCAAGUUAGGAAAAGACUAUGGAUCUAGAAGAAGCUCCCCACCGAAGGUUGGGCCUAUGAAUGACAAUCGAUAUAGAAAUAGCUCUCCACCAAUGUUCGAGCCAGUGAAAGACUAUGGAUUGCAAAAUAGCUCCCUACCAAAGGCCAAGCUAGCGAAAGACCAUGGAUCCAGAUAUAGCUCCCCACCAAUGGUUGGGCCAAUGAAAAGCAAUGAAUCUAGAUACAGCUCCCCACCAAAGGUUGAGUCUGUGAAAGAUCAUGGAUAUGAGCCAGUGAAAGAAUAUGCAUAUGCUGAUGAUAAAUGGCAAACUCCUGGGAGUACUCCAGAUCAUCAUCGCCCACAAAAGGCUGAUGAUUUCAACGACUGGGUCAAGGUGAAUGGAAAUAUCGUUCAGAAUGAGAAUCAUGAUGACUACAGUGGCUAUUAUGGAGGCUGGGUUAUGCCUAAUCGUUCAACAUGGGUUGCACCACCAAGUAAUGAUGCCACUAUUGCCCCUCCACUUUAUUCCUCAUACGCAGCACCAGUCUCAAAAGGGCCAAAGAAAAGUGCCUAUGCUGAAAGCAUUGAGAGCAUAGAAGCGGCAACGGGGUAUGGAUACUUGAACUCAUCACCUUGGCCACUAAACAACUGGUGAGACUUACACAAGUGACAACCAUGCAUCAACAUUAGAGAAGUUGCUAGGAAGUAUGAUAGUACAAUGAUUGCCUGAGCCUCGAAGUCAAUACUUCCUGGGAUUCUUUAUUAAGUCUAUUUGGGAUAAUCUAAAGCUAUUACUACUAUCUAUUUUUAUGAACUUAUAAUUUGUGUCUCAGGUCAAUGGUUCCUGAGAGUUUUGUUUGGGAAUGUAAGCUACUUUAUUUACGUGUCUGUGUUUUUUUUUUUUUUUUUUUUUUUUUUUUUUAACUACCAAAUUAAUAUAUACAUGUGCUUCUAUGAGUAAAUUUUCUUAAUACCAUGCCAAUGAUGGGUGAAUCACAUAAAAUUUUGG